UUGGUAGUCAAAUUCGACUUAAAAGGUGUGACUCCAAAAUCAGUCAAAACAAUUCCUUUGGAUUCUUGUUAUACUUGUUUCUUGUUCUGUAAAUUAUUUCCCAUGAACCAUUUGGUUUGAGUUUGCUAUUUUAGUGCAGACAUAAAGGUUAUAACAUUCAAAGCAAUUUAACAGAAAAUGGAAGUGGGUUUAAACAUCUCCCUUUACUAAACUUAGAGAUGUUUUUGAGUUGGCUCAAAUGGUUUCAGACUACAAUCAUCUUUAUAAUUACUGCACCAGUGCCCAAAAUGGAUGUAUGCUGAACAAAAAUAUAAACGCAACAUGCAACAAUGCCAUUGAUUUUACUGAGUUCAAGUUCGUAUAAGGAAAUCAGUCAAUUGAAAUAAAUUCAUUAGGCCCUAAUCUAUGGAUUGCAUAUGACUGGGAAUACAGAUAUGCAUCUGUUGUUGACAUAUCUUUUUAAAAAACAAAAAGGGCCUAAUAAUGGCCUCAGGAUCUCAUCAUGGUAUUUCUGUUCAUUCAAAUUGCCAUUGAUAAAAUGCAUGUGUUCGUGUUCCGGAGCUUAUGCCUGCCCAAACCAUAACCCCACCCCCACCAUGGGGCACUCUAUUCACAACGUUGACAUCACCAAACCGCUCGCCCACACGACAUCAUACACGUGGCCUGCGGUUGUGAGGCCGGUUGGACAUAUUGCCAAAUUCUCAAAAUUAUGUUGGAGGCUUAUGGUAGGGAAAAUUAACAUUCAAUUUUCUGGCAACAGUUCUGGUGAACAUUCCUGCAGUCAGCAUGCCAAUUACACACUCCCUCAACUUGAGACAUCUGUGGCAUUGUGUUGUGUGACAAAACCACACAUUUUAGUGUGGCCUUUUAUUGUCCCCCACAAGGUGCACCUGUGUAAUGAUCAUGAUGUUUAAUCAUCUUAUUUAUAUGCCACACCUGUCAGGUGGAUGGAUUAUCUUGGCAAAGGAAAAUACUAACAGGGAUGUAAACAAAUUUGAGCACAACAUUUGAGAGAAAUAAGCAUUUUGUGCAUAUGGAAAAGUAUUUUAUUUCAGCUCAUGGGAUGUUGCGUUUAUAUUUUUGUUCAGUGUAUUUUGUCAACUCUUUCAACCCUGUCAGGGGGCUGGUCAGAGGUAUUACAUUUUUAUAUUUAUCCAUUAAAAGCAAAGGGAUUGAGUCUCUGGGAAAACAAUUAUCUUUAUGACAUUUCCUCUCUGCUGUGUCCAGGCAAAUGUUAUGUGCAAUUUAUGACACCACUGAUUUCAAUAUGUACAAUUCACUUGUCUCGAUCAUUGGCACCAUUACUGCUGAAUAAUUACAGUCAAAUCUCUGUACACUGACUGGCCUCACACCGUUCUCUUUUUUGACGCUUGUGGCCUCUUGCUGAUGACGUUUUAUUUAGGGGACGACAGUUAGCUAGAUCGAUAGCUAGCUACAACGCUUCAAACUGUAUAUAUUAAUGUUUUACGCAUUGUAGCUUUGGUUUAAAGUCCCAAUCCCGCGUAGACUUCAAGUAUUCUUUCGAUCAUUUGCAAUGAAAUGUUGGUGACGUUAACUAACUGAAUUAAUCUAAUCAUUUACAGAGAUAGCUUGUAGGAAAUGAUUAGCUAGCGAGCUUGUUUUGUUGCUAGCAAGAGUAAUGGGAACAACAAUGGGAACAGGGGAUACCUAGCCAGUUGCACAACAAUGCAUUCAACCGAAAUGUGUCUUCCGCAUAAUAUGGUAGUAAUGUAACUAGUUAGUGAUCCAGUUUAGGUAGCUAUGUUGACAUUGUUUUUUGAGUUGCCAAGAUGGCUGUAGUUUUAGGGUAAUUAGCUAAUAUGAUUGUUCUUAGUAAAAUUCAUAGUAUCUCUGGUUGACGCUUCAAGAUGUUGUGGUCAUAUCAAUUAUCAGAGAGGAAGAAAUGCAGCAAUAACUUACACUAGAAAAUCUUUGACAAUACCCAGUUUUGGUGUUUUUUUAAUAGACUAGCUACAUACCAUCCCAUAGAGCUCUAACCUGUGGUUGGUGUCUAAAGUCACAGAAACAGCCAGGUAGAGCUGUGCCAAGAUGGAUGUCCAGUUGUCCAUCAGCUUCCUGAGGGACAGACUGGGCGGGGCCAUUGAGGAGGCAGUGCGUACAGCAGUGGAGUCUGUGCUGUGUGAGACUGUGCGUCUGUUAACCGGGCUCCAAGGGGACCAGCAGCAUGGACUUUCCUCAGUGACCCAGAGGGACCAGGACACCCUGGGACUGAAGCAGAGGUUAGAGGCCCCCAGCUGGGGGGUGCAGGGUGGGUCUUCAGGGGUAUUCUGUAACACAGGACCGAGGGGUAGUAGUGGGCGCUGCAACACUAAGAAUCCAAUGGGUCAGACCACUUGCUCAACCUCCCAAGCAUCACAAAGGACCACCGUGGAGCCCCAUCCCCAGGAGGUGGUGGAGGACUGUGCUGGACUGCCUGACCCGUUUGACCUUGUGUCGGCUGGGCCAGUGAUGGUGGACUUUGAGGAGGGUCAGGGCAUGGGGAUCCCAGAGGAGUGGGAGCUGAUGAACAGAGUGUACAAGACGGAGCACAAUGAAGACAUGGCCCUUAGUGACGGGGGCGUUACCACUCAAUUUGCAGAUGACCACAGGCUGCAUGAAGGAGACCAGAGGACUGUGGCUGUGCCCCUGGAGGGAGAGAUGGCUGCCAAGCCCCAGGACACAUUGCACCCCUGCUUCAGCCCAGCCAACAUCAAAACAGAGCGACCUGAGAUAGAGAGAUGCUGCAUGGCUGAGGAGGCCCUUGCUCUGCCUCUGCCUCAUCCUGCCAAUAGUGGUGUGGAGGCCGGUGAGUUUGGGCAGGAGCAGGUGGAGGCUGGUCCACAGGACUUUGUAGGUCGCCUGCGCCUGUGGCUGGAGCAGCUGUGUCCUGAGGUGGUCCGGGAGUACGAGAGGGAGGGCUGUCUGUGUGAGCUGUCCCGCAGGAAGCUUAUCAAGUUCUCUGUGUCCUUCAUCGUGGAGGAGUUUGGAUUCUACCCUACCUCUGCUCAGAAGACCAUGCUGGCAGAGCACAUAGUGGAGCUCUUCCCAGGCCUCAGGCUCUGUGCACCCUCUGCUGGCAUCAAUGGCAUAGAACACUUGUACGACCCUUUGUCCCGUACGGGUUACAUUGAGACGCGCCUGCGCAACUCUCGACGCACCCUUGAAGACCACAAGAAGAAGUAUGUGCUGAAGAGGCGUCGGCCAGAGCCAGGCCUGGCGGACCCUCCUGGACCUAGAUCGGGGCCUGGGCUCCUGGAGAGACAGUCCAGCGAGGAGACCCAGAGGUGGAUGGAGCUGAUGAAGAGAACCAGGCCACUGACCAGGAACCUGCCUGCCAUCCACAGUGCUAUGGACCUCACAUUCAACGCACGCAGGAGGUGGAUCAGCAACACACGGCCUAGUGUGAGGGCUGUGUUGGCCGAGUACCCACGUUUUCUUGACGUUCCCGCCACCAUUGACCUGGAGUUUGAGAGGAUGUUCCCAGGUAAAGGCCACUCCUUCCUGGCCCAGUGGUCGUCGUUCGUGUUGCCCAGGGUGUACCAGAUCGCAGAGUGUGAAAAACACCCGGACAUCUCUGCACUUCUCCAACUGGCUGCCACACAGCAAGGAGACUCCUACACCCUGACUAUGCUGAAGGUCCUGAUCUAUGUACUACCACCAACAAACACCAGUAGAGCCUCCUUACCCUCCAGGAGCAGUGUCAGGCAGGCCAUUCGGUAUCUGGUGGACAUUGUACCGAUAGACACCAUGGUGUCCUCCUUAUUCUGUGACCUUACCUCCUUGGAGGGCCCAGAGUCUGUGUCCCACGCUCAGCCCUACAUAUUGAGCGUGGGGCCCCUGGAGGCCCCUGGCCGGCAGCUUUGCAUCGUGUUCCCUGUUGAUAGGAUAGCAAUCCCCCUGCCUCAGGAGGGCCUGAGCAAUGCACUGGACAAGCUAUUCAAGCUUCUGCGUGUGUUUGAACUGGGGUACCCAGAUCAGCUAGCCUCCCUCUAUGGCUUCCUUGAGCACCUGUAUGGGUUGGAGAUGACCCCACAAGAUAACCAUGACUUCCCCAGUGGCAAGGGGUCAAAAGUGCUUGAACUUUUAUCACGGCUCCACAUGCCCUCCUGACAGAAGGCAUAGGUCUACACAAGAAUUGAACUCGCCCCACAGACUUAACUUUUAUUUUUUUGAAUUUUAUUAUAGCCGUCCUUUACAGAACACCUCCUUUACUAUGAUCUGGAUUUGCCCCAAAAUGAAAGUAUGUCAGACUGAACUGAACAAUGCUGAUGGAACACUGGUGUUAUACCUUCAUUAUACAGUACCAGUCAAAAGUUUGGAUGUGUGGUUCCCACUGUGAAACAUGGAGGUGGUGGGAUGGUGUGGGGGUGCUUUGCAGGUGACACUGUCAGUGAUUUAUUUAGAAUUCAAGGCACACUUAACCAGCAUGGCUACCACAGCAUUCUGCAGCGAUACGCCAUCCCAUCUGGUUUGUGCUUAGUGGGACUAUCAUUUGUUUUUCAACAGGCAAUGACCCAACACACCUCCAGUGUUAUUUGACCAAGAAGGAGAGUGAUGUAGUGCUGAAUCAGAUGAGCUGGCCUCCACAAUCACCCGACCUCAACCCAAUUGAGAUGGUUUGGGAUGAGUUGGACCGCAGAGUGAAGGGAAAGCAGCCAACAAGUGCUCAGCAUAUGUGGGAACUCCUUCAAGACUGUUGGAAAAUCUUUCCGCAUGAAGCUGGUUGAGAGAAUGCCAAGUGUGCAAAGUUGUCAAGGCAAAGGGUGGCUACUUUGAAGAAUGUAAAAUAAAAAAAUAUAGAUAUCUUUUUUUGGUUACUACAUGAUUCCAUAUGUGUUAUUUCAUAGUUUUGAAGUCUUCACCAUUAUUCUACAAUGUAGAAAAUAGUAAAAAGAAAGUCAAACCCUUGAGUGAGUAGGUGUUUCCAAACUUUUGAUUGGUACUGUAUAUUCACUGAGUUUCUCAUUGACAAUGCAAAUAUUUGCAUAAAACUAACAUCUUGUAUGAAUUUCCUGUGUGGGGAAAUUAUACUGUAUUUUGUACUUUAGGAUACCUUUUCAGUUUUUGCUCAAUUGCUUUAGUAUUUAACUUGCUCAUGAUACUGUUGUGGUUUACUUUUUUUUAAUUAAAAAGAUCUAUGUUUCACUGUCCAA